AACUCUAAUUUUAUAAAUAUCUUCAAGUUUGUUCUGUGAGAUUUCAACAUGGAGAAUGUCACUGAAGUUACCAUAUUUGUACUGAAGGGCUUCACAGACAACGAUGAACUGCAGAUCACCUUUUUCUUCUUGUUUCUAGCAAUUUACCUCUUUACUCUCAUGGGAAAUUUAGGACUGAUCAUAUUGGUCAUUGGGGAUUCCCGGCUUCACACCCUCAUGUACUAUUUUCUGAGUGUGUUGUCUUCCGUGGAUGCCUGCUAUUCCUCAGUUAUUACACCAAAUAUGUUAAUAGACUUUAUGUCAAAGGAUAAAGUCAUUUCACUCCCUGGAUGUGCAGCACAGAUAUUUCUCGCUGUUACUUUUGGAACCACGGAGUGCUUUCUCUUGGCUGCAAUGGCUUAUGAUCGCUAUGUGGCCAUCUACAACCCACUUCUGUAUUCAGUGAGCAUGUCACCCAGAGUCUACGUGCCACUCAUCGUUGCUUCUUAUGUCGGUGGCAUUUUACAUGCUACUAUACACACAGUGGCCACAUUCAGCCUAUCCUUUUGUGGAUCCAAUGAAAUUAGACACAUCUUUUGUGAUAUUACUCCUCUCCUCACUAUUUCCUGUUCUGACACUCACACAAACCAGCUUCUACUUUUCUACUUUGUGGGCUGUAUUGAGGUAGUCACUAUCCUGAUUGUCCUUAUCUCCUAUUGUUUUAUUCUUUUGGCUGUUUUCAAAAUGCAUUCUGCUAGAGGUAGGCAAAAAGUGCUCUCUACAUGUGGCUCGCACCUAACUGGAGUGACAGUUUACCAUGGAACUAUCCUCUUCAGUUACAUGAGACCAAGUUCCAGCUAUGCUUUGGACCACGACAUGAUAGUAUCAAUAUUUUACACUAUUGUGAUUCCCAUGCUGAAUCCCAUCAUCUACAGUUUAAGGAACAAAGAUGUAAAAUGGGCAAUGCAAAAAGUGUUUGGUAAAAAUUAG